AUGGUGGGUGAUGAAAAAUAUCACAUUGAUGCUUUAGGCUUUAUAGCUGGUUUCAAGUAUGACUCUGGCCAAACAGAAUUCUAUUUCUUGUUCUUAUAUUCUUCUGGCGGAAAAGGACCAGGAGGAGGACCAGGAAAUGGUGGACCAGGACCAAAUGAUGGUAGUCCUGGAGAACCAGACAAUGGUAGUCCUGGAGGACCAGACUAUUAUGAUUCUGGAAAUUCAGGAGGAGAUGAUUCUGGAGGAUCAGGAGGUGAUGAUUCAGGAGGAUUAUUAGACUUGUCGAAUCUUAUUCCAUUGCUGGAAGGUGGAAAAGAUACGGGAGGAAAACCGGACAAAGGAGUUGGACUAAAACCUUUCAAAAUCCCCACAGAAAAACCAGAGAGUGGACAUAGACCAAGACCGGGAAAAAUCCCAAUAAGAGAACCAGAUAAUGAACCUGAACAGCACCAUAAACCAGGAAAACACCCAGGAAAUGAUGGUUCAGGAGGAUUAGACGACACGUCAUUUGUUUCUUGGCGAGAGGGUAUCGAUUCUAGAAGACCAAGGGGUAGAGGUUUGGGAGGAAAAGAAGGUGAUGAUUCUGGAGGAUCAAAUGGGGAGGAUUCUGGAGAUAUUAAAAGAGAAGGAGAUGAUAAUUCAGAAUUGGGAGAUGAUGGUUCUAGAAGACCAAGAGGUGGUUUUUUUAGAAGACGAGGAAGGGAUUAUUCUGGAGAAUCAGGAGAGGAUAGUUCAGAAGAAUUAGAAGGUGGUGGUACAAGAAGUCCAAGAGGUGGCCGUCCUAGAAGACCAGGAAGUGAUGGUUCUGGAGAUAAUGAUUUAGGAGGAUUAGAUGACACGUCAUUCGUUUCUUGGCGAGAGGGUAUCGGUUCUAGAAGACCAAGGGGUAGACGUUUUGGAGGAAAAGAAGGGGAUGAUUCUGGAGGAUCAGAAGAUGAUGAUUUAGGAUUGGGAGCAAAACCUAUGAAAGAACCAAAACAUUUGAAAGAACCAAAACCUUUGAAAGAUCCAAAACCGUUGAAAGAUCCAAAACCAUUGAAAGAUCCAAAACCUUCAAAAGAGCCAAAACCUUUGAAAGAUCCAAAACCUUUAAAAGAGCCAAAACCUUUGAAAGAUCCAAAACCUUUAAAAGAUCCAAAACCUUUAAAAGAUCCAAAACCUGUAAAAGAACCAAAACCUGAAAAAGAACCAAAACCUUUAAAAGAACCAAAACCUGCAAAAGAACCAAAACCUGUAAAAGAACCAAAUCCUGUGAGAGAACAUAAACCAAGAAAAGGCUUAGGAAACCUAUCAAAUCUUCUUCCAUGGCUGGAGGGUGAUGGUUCUGGAGUAUUAGAUGGUGAUCUUUCUGGAGGAUUAGAUGGUGAUGAUUCUGGAGAAAUAGAUGCGAAUGGAAAACCCCCCAAAGGAGGACAUAUCAAUGGUAGACUAAGAUGGAGAGGACGUACAAGAAGCCCAAAAGUUGAUGAAGAAAGUCUUGAAAAAGAACCAAAAGUUAAACCUGAAAAAGAACCUAAACCUGAAAAGAUGCCUAAACCUGAAAAGACAGAUAAGCCAAGAAGGCCCCUAGGAAAUGGGUUAGAUUUUUCUACAUGGAUGGAAGGUAAACAAGUAAAAGAACCUAAACCAAAAAAAGGAUCAAGAGACGAUUCAGACGGUUUAUUGUUGGGAGAUGAUAAUUCCGGAGGAAAUGAAGACGGGUCAGACUUUCUUUCAUUGUUGGACGGCAAGCCUAAAGAACCUAAACCUUUGAAAGAACCCAAACCUGUGAAAGAACCCAAACCUGAGAAAGAACCUAAACCUUUGAAAGAACCCAAACCUGAGAAAGAACCUAAACCUUUGAAAGAACCCAAACCUGUGAAAGAACCCAAACCUGAGAAAGAACAUAAGCCAAAAAAAGUCCCAGGAGGUGGGGGAGGCCUCCUUUCCUUGUUAGGAGAUAUAACUGGAAAAGAAAAUGAACCAAAAGAAGAUAAACAGGGAAAAAAACCACGUCAUGGUUUUGGAGGCUUAGGAGGCGGCUUCGCAGAUCUUCUUAAAUUGCUAGAAGGUGGUGGUUCUAAAGAAUCAGGAGAUGACAAUUCCGGAGAAAAGGAUGGUAAACAUGGAAAGAAACACGGUAAAGGCCUUCUGUCAUUGUUCGGCGAUGAUAAUUCAGAAGGAAAAGAAGAUGAUGAUUCCGGAGAAAAAGGAGGUAAACAUGGAAAAAAAAACGGCAAAGGCCUUCUGUCAUUGUUCGGCGAUGAUAAUUCCGGAGGAAAAGAUGAUGAUUCAGGGGAAAAAAAAGAUAAGCCCGGAAAGAAACAUGAUGAUUCAGGAGAAAAAGAAGAUAAGCACGGAAACGAACAUAAAUCAAAGAAGGACUCUGAAAGCUUGCCAGACAUCUUUUCAUUGCUGACAGGUGGUGGAUCUGGAGGAUUAUUAGGCGGCUUCUCAGAUUUUCUUUCAUUGCUGGAUGGUGGUGGCUCUAAAGGAUCAGGAGAUUUGUCUAGUCUUCUAUCAUCAUUGACGGAUGGUGGAUUAGGAGGUGAUCUAGGGAAAUCACGGUGCUGA